AUGUGGAAGUUGCUCGGGGCGGUGCGGGACGGCGUGAGGAGCCUGGACGUGUUCGGAGGGUCCGCCAAGUUCGAUGCCUCCCGCUACCCUAAGAGCCAGCCCGGCGCUCUCAUCUCCAUCCUCGUGCUGGGAGCGGCGAUCACCUUGGUUGUGUACAACUGCGUCAAGCUGCAUACCUCCGUGGUGGCUGGUGACCAGGAUGCUAUUGCUAACAUUGUGUCCAUGAGCGCACAGUAUGCGACGUUCAACUCCUUGUUCAUCGACUCAUCCAAUGGGUAUGCGAUGGUGGCAGACGGGAUGUGGGAUCUGCCAACUUUGAUGUUGGAAUCGAGCAACCAGAUCGAGUUUUAUAACAAGGAUGUCAGGAAGAUGUACAAGAUCGAGAUCAUCGACAACAAUGGCAACCAUCGAGGCCUCACAUCCAGCUACAGCGACACUCCUGUUGCCUCUGGACUCUACAAGAAGGUCGCGCUGCCUCUGGGAACAGCAAACCAGGACGUACCCCCUGCGGUAGGCAAGGGCGGAGGGUCGUUCACCCUGGCGACUUCACUUGGGGUGAAGGAGCUGCAUGCAGGACAAGAGAUAGUGAAGGUGCUGGAGGAGAUGCAGUCGCAGCAGACGACUUUCUUCGACCAUCAGGUCUACCUCUACGUCCGGAUCCCCCGUUGGCAGCUGCACGAUCUUAAGAUGUGUCAGCUGCAGGUUUCGCUCGCGAACGAGGGGCAGUAUACGUCUCUGCUGGAGAGUGGUGCUCUGCUCUAUAGGGGAAACCUGUCCGAAGAUGUCUUCGGCAGCCUCUCAUCGUCGCCCUCCACCUGGCUUCCAACAAACUUCAUGACCAACAUCAACGGAAACACUGUGUAUAGCUGGAAGAAUCAGCAAAUGACGCUCUUGACACUUGCGUCAAACUUUUCCAAGUCCAGUCUUGACGCAGUGAAGAAGACAUGGAACGGAGCCAAGUACGUGCUCGAGAAGCAGUUCAUGGACUGGCGGGUACAGUUGACCUACCUGAACAACUUCCUUGAAGUGCGUCAGACAUGGCAGUGCCUCAGCGGUGGCAUGUUGAACCUCACUUACGCAAAGAUCAACACCAUCCCGACGAGCAACGACACCGUGUUGCAAGUCAGUCUGCCUCCCGGUACCUCCUUGUCCUGGCCGAUCCCUCCGUUCCAGAUUGUGCUCUCCAUGGACGUUCUUUUCGAGACUGUGACAGUCGUCGACAUCUCGCAGUCUUCUUCAAGCUUGUCGCUGACUGUCCAGAGAGAGAAGCCCCUGGACUUCACUGCCUCGAGCUCAGGCGGCAUCGAGCAGUGGCAGUGCCCGCUCGACUGGUACAACGACUCCAAGGUCUGCGACUGCGAGUGUGGGGCGCCGGAUCCCGACUGCCUUCCCUCCAAGAGCCUUCCUGUCGCAUGGUGCCCCAUCCUCUACUCCAAGGUCGACACUGGGCCCUUCUGCUCCCCGUCUGGCCACUGCUCGCAGGCCCCCCCGACAGAGGACCAGGUUGUCUUCAUCUCCAACGGCUGCCAGACCAUCGUGCGGCCAGGAAGCGUCGACCUCGUCGGCUACGUGGGGACCUCAGCAGAGUUCAAGAAAGAGACUAACCGAUCUUCGUGCGUCCCGUGUCCGGGGGAUGACGUGUACUCGGGCUACCCUUCCCUGGACAGCGACGGCCUCUACAAGUGCUUCACGCGCACGGCGGCAAUGAGCCACGACUACCUCAAUCCGAGGUUGCUCAAGGUCGGAGACGAUCUAGUCAGCUCGCUAGAGGGAGCGUCCAACACCUCUGAGCCCAACUGCUCUGUCUACAGCUCCUUGUGGAGCACGUGCAUGAUGAGCGAGACGAGGAGGAGGAGCACGCCUAUCUUUGCCCGAUUCGCCCGGGCUGGCAUGGCUUUCCCCUUGGUCGAGCAGGCAGGCGCGAAGAAUGUGCAAGUCAACAUGCUGCUGGGCGAAACUCCUGUCUACCAGGGCUCCCUCCUCCUCUCUCAGCCUCCAACAGAUGACCUGCAACUUUUCCUCCUCGGCCCGACAAGCGGCGUUCCCUUCCUUCCCCAGAAUCGCUUCCAGCCCGUCCAGUCUCUUCUCCUCAGUGCCGUGCAGUAUGGCUCCCCGGGGCUGGACGUGGUAGUCAUUAGCUGGAGUCCAGCUGGAGGCCAGGUGAGCUACCGUAGAGGGGUGGACAAGAACUUUUGGGUUCGGUUCGGAGGGAACACAGUGCAGGUACUAGAGCCGAUAGCCUCCUCCCUCUCAGGCCUCGCAGCAAGGCCUCCUUCCUCUUCCUCCUCCUCGUACUUUGCUCCGACCUGCGGCGCGAUUGUGGGUGGCAGAUGCUCUUCCGCUGUAGAGAGGAGCGAAGGAGAGCUUCUGUCAUUGCUUCUUUCUCGUCCAGCUUCCUUCGAGCUCGGUCGCACGUCAGUUGUGUCGGGCUUCGCUCCCUGUCCUCCAGUCAACUUGGGAGGUGCAGGAGGAGGCGAUCUGCUGGGAAAUGCCACCAACAGCUCGUCCAACUCGACAUCGCGCAGACUUCUGCAAGCAGCAGGAGCAUGUCAAGAUGGGGCACAAAGCUCUUUCGGCGCCGGUCCUUCUUGUGCAACCAACUCUUCUUCUUCUCAACUGAACGGCUCUUCCUCCUGCACUAUCAGUCAGUCCGACUACUUCCUCUUCCCUGCUCACCUCCGACCCAUCGUCAUCCUCCGAACUCGAGGAGGGUCAGCGGAGGUACGGCUUGUCAACGCCACCCAAGGGAACCAGCUCUUCCUUGACAGCGAGGUCGAGAUGACCGUCUCCUUUCCUGCUACCGUCGAGACGACCUUCGACGGGAGGAAGCAUGCUUGCGUCCCCUCUCACCAUCCCUGUGUCAAGUCGGUCUAUGGGGUUCAGCUGGAUCGCAGCUCAGAGUCGUUCCUUCCUGCCGACAGGUACCAGGCGCAUCCCUCCGAGCCCUUCGCCUCCCCGUCCCAGCUCGACCUUGAAGUGGCGCUCUUCACCGUCCCCAACCCGGAGCCAGCACAGAUGGGAGGAGGAGCAGGAGGUAGCGGAAAUCAGACGGUCGAGCUCAACUAUCUUUGCCCGAACAAGCCCAUCCUUAACUCGACUCUGUCCUCGCCUGUCGACUCAAGUUGGAAUGCGUGGACCGUCCGGCCAGAAAGGGACCUCAAACUAGUCUACUGCAGUGACACAAAGAUCGUUUCACCUGCCUGCGUCGACCUUGGAGCUGCUGCGGCAGAUCAGACAUGCACCAAGGCCAUGCCUCCAACCUUUCAGACUGACUUCAGCUACUCCUAUCCUGUGAACAACAAGUGGGAGAUCUCCCAAGAAGUAUUCCAGCGGUAUCAGAACUCAAUCAACACGAUCGAGUACGACAUCGACGUGUCUGUUGUCUACCACCUCCAGUACUCCCGAGAGACUAUCAAUGCCGACAAGAGCUUUGCUGAGAGCAUGAAUCAAGGAGACUACAACGACACCAACAGUUUCUUCCUUUUCAACGGAGCUCUCAAUUUCCAGGGCCAGGGUGCUGGAUACGACGAGUACUCGAAGCUCUCCUCCCUCCUCCCCGCCAACCACCCUGUCCUCAAGAGCAACCUCAUCCUAAGUGUCGACUCCUCCAACGCCGUCAACGACAUCAUGAAGGCUCGCAAUGCAACGCAGGGCAGAGCAGCAUCGUUAUGGCCCUCGAGUGAACGAGAUAUCAAGCUUGUCAUGGAAGAGUUCAAACCCCUGCAGAUCGACUGGGAACUUUCCUCCAUAGGAGGAAGGAGCAAGGAGCAGGUCAUAGUGCUGCAACCUGGCAUGGAGUAUCUGCUCGAGGCACUGGUCCAGGUCAAGCCCGUCUACGACUCCAACGUGUGGGAGCAGGAGACAAUCAGGCGCUGGGAGCGACAAGUCGUGUCGACAGCCGCGUCGGUUACCCCCAUCGCUGACCCCAAUAAGCAGAACCAGGUGAUUGUGAGGUAUCACAUACAGUUCGAUCCUCUGGUCCGAGCACAAACUUUCCGCAAGCAGUACACCGUCAAGAACUUCGCUGACGACUUUGGAGCGGCGACCGGCUUCAUCGUGUUCGGUGCCAUCCUCCUCAACUGCAUCAGACGAGCCGAGUCCUGGCUGUCAUCCAUGAGGUAG